AUGGAGACUGCGAUGCAACAGUUUCGCGAGGCAUUCCAACGGCUGGACGAGAUGACCGCGGACUACUUCGAGGCAAAAGGAGUUCGGGUGCCGACAGCGGCCGAGGGACGAUGGGCGGCGCUUGUGGCUCGACAGACGGUCUCGCCGGCACAGGUUCAAGGAGAGGCCGAGGUUUUCGGCGAACGCAAAGAUGAAGACGGCGGUGGUCAGACCGGUGAGGCCUUGGUCGUGGAGCCCGCAGAGAACGAGAGCGCCUCGGACCUUUUGGCCGUCCCCACCGCAGAAUGCGGGCUGACGCUGGGUCCCGACGAAGAAACACAUCAGCCCCCGUCCCCUUCCGUGGUGUUUGUUUCCGGGGCCACGCCAGAAUGCGUUAGCGGAAAGCCAAGCGACCGGGACGACAGGGAUCAAGAUUCUGCGCCGCGGGAACGCAAGAGGCUGCAGCUCAAGCUUCGCUCGGUGCCCGUGGAAGCCAACACGGAGACCGCUACCAUGUCCAAGGCUCCCGAGCUUGCACCUAAAGGCUCAUCGUCCAUUUUCGGCGGAGCGCGACCCGUUGACACGGCUGCCCGAGAGCGUGAGAUCGAAGCACGGUUGUCUCGGCAGCGUAAAGAAAAGCGCCGACAGAUCAGGCACCGGGAACCUUUUCAGGACAGCCGCAAGGAAGACCAGGUGAGGCCCUCUUGUGUCGCCUCGGCGUCAGGGCGAUCACGGCGUUCCUCCGUGCAUGUGGGCAAUGCGAACCGGGAGACUCGGCAAAGCAACCGCCGGCUGACCACAUCCAACGACCGGACUCCGGUGGCAGCGGGCCAACAGAGGGCCCGAAGAGCGCGUCCUUUGCACAACUACCACAAACCCUUUCGUCACAGGGGGGGAAUGUGUGGGAAUCUUGCCCAAAGCCAGGGUGGCUUGACACGUGCUGCGCACCAGUGA